GAAGCGCCCUGUCCGCGGGCUGUGACACCAUGCUCGACGACGCCGACGAGGACAUGGGCAGCAUUGACGCGUCCGGGCUGAAUUACGACUCGGAGGACGGGAGGGACGUGGAGGAGAGCGGCAGGAAGGACGGCAAGGAGUCGAACGCCAACAGCACGGUGACCGGCGGCGCUGCGGCUGAAGGGAAGGGAAAGAAGAAGGGAAUGCCAGCCAAGAACCUCAUGGCGGAGCGUCGUCGUCGGAAGAAGCUCAAUGACCGGCUCUACAUGCUCAGGUCCGUCGUGCCGAAGAUCAGCAAGAUGGACAGGGCUUCGAUUCUCGGUGACGCGAUCGAGUACCUCAAGGAGCUCCUGCACAAGAUCAGCAAUCUUCAGAAUGAGCUUGAAUCAUCCCCUUCCAUGCCCUCGCUGCCUCCGACGCCCACAAGCUUCCACCCUGUGACUCCGACGUUGCCCGCGCUGCCGUCCCGCGUGAAGGAGGAGCUCUGCCCGAGUGCGCUGCCAAGCCCUACCGGCCAGCAGCCAACCGUUGAGGUUAGGCUCCGGGAAGGCCGGGCCGUCAACAUCCACAUGCUGUGCCCUCGCAGGCCCGGGCUUGUGCUCUCUGCCAUGAAGGCGAUCGAAGCCCUUGGUCUUGAUGUGCAGCAGGCCGUUAUCAGCUGCUUCAAUGGCUUUGCCUUGGACGUCUUCAAGGCUGAGCAAUGCAAGGAUGGCCCUGGUCUUCAGCCCGAGGAGAUCAAGGCGGUUCUCUUGCAAUCCGCGGGGUUCCAUCUUCCCGCGAUGUAGGAGGGAGGGAGGGAGGGGCAGCCAGCCAAGUGCAGAGGAUAGUGCUGUAUCUAAGGAAUUUCUUUUUACAACAAGUAGCGGUGUUUUCCGGGAGAAGCUACCUCACCUUGGGUAGUCUGAAACCCCUUCCCAGAACCGAUUUAUCUGCGAGUCUUUUAGAGUCCAAAAUAAUGUCGGCAAUCUGUUAUUAGUACGAGUACCUAACAUUGCUUAUGCCUGAUGUUACCUUAUUUUUCAGUACAUCGUGUAUAAGUUUGAACGAGACUUGUGUGGAUCAUUGAAGCGUAACACAUUGUUAGAUGAUGUGUCUUUUCGGUUC